AUGGCGACAGCAGAACAAACAAAAAUUGAUGCAUUCCGAGCUAAAAUUGAACAACGAAAAGCUUGUGAAAAGAAAGCAUAUAAUAUAUGUAUGCAAUUAAUUGAAGAAGACAAAAUCGAUCAUGAAACAUUGAUUAAUGCGGCUAUUCUGAUCGAUCAAGAACGAUAUCGAGGUGUUAAUGAGGAUCGUGCAUUGAGACAAAUGUGUGGCUAUCCAAUUUGUUCCACAUCACUACCAAAAGAUAUACCAACUCAUCAAUAUUAUAUUAAUGUAAAAGUGAAUAAAGUAAUUGAUACAACAGAACGACGGUUAUUUUGUUCAACAUUUUGUUACAAAUCUUCAAAAUAUUUUGAACGACAAAUUCCUACAUCACCUGUUUGGGCUCGAGAACAACAACAACAAGGGAAUACUCCAAUUAAAAUUGAAUUAUUAACACAUGAAACUUUAAAUAAAGAACAACAUGAUAGUAGUACGGUUAUUUCUCAAUCUAAUUAUAACCGAUCAAUGCCUAAAAUACCUCAUCUUCGUGAAUCAUCUUCAUCAUCAUCUGAUAGUGAUGAUGAUGAAUUUGAAAAAUUACAAAUAGCUCGUGAUAAAUAUUAUAAAUCUCGAGCUGUACUCUCACAAAAACCAACCUUAGUUGAAACAAAACUUAAACAAAUUUCUUUACCUGAUUAUAUCCGAACAGACAAUACAACAAUUAAUUUUGUUAUAACUUGUUUAUAUGAAUGGAUAACAAAUAGAACAAAAGACUAUUUACAAAAUAAUACAAUGAUAUCUGAUACAUCGAUUAAUACUGAACGAUAUCAACAAUUAGUAAAUAAACUUGAUGUUGAAGAUAUAAUAUCAUCUGAUGGAUCGCGAGCUGAAAAAAAACUUCCAACAAUGGAUGAAUUACGAAAAACAAAAGAAGAAAAUCAAUAUGAAAUUAAAGUAAAAGAAUUUUUCUUUGGAAAAGGUGAUGUGUCAAAAGAGGAAACAACAUCAUCAUCUGCUAUAAUAUUACCACCAGUUGACACCUACUCACAACAAAGUAUUCGUUUGUCAAUUGUUAGUCAGAAAGUCAUGACAUGUUUCAAACAAAUGUUUUACGACGAUGUCAAACAAACCAUAGCAGGAGAUUUACGAUCAGCACUAUCAGAAUUAUUAUUGACAUUAAGCUUUGGUAGUGACAAUAUAGCCUUGAGAUCCAAUGAAUGGACAAUUAUGACUUUAUUUCUUAUUCAUUUACUGACAAUAAAAUUACCUAUGAUAUUAUCUCAUUUAACAGAAUCGAAAAUUAUUAAAUCAUUAUUCACUACAUUAAAUCUCUCUUCAGAUAUGAUUCUUCAUAUUUUAAAAUAUUUACUUGAAAAUCCGAUUGAAAAUAAACAAUCCUCAAAACCUACUACGAAUUUUGAGGAUAUUGACUAA